CUGGUGUUCCUGAACGGAGGAAGGCGGUCGAGCCGGGCGCAGUGAAGCCGGGGUGGGGGAUGCCGUGUCGGCAGCAUCGCUUCCUAAAGGAAAGAUGUCUCAGAAAAAGCGUAACAAAAGACCUGGCCCUUCCCAGGUAGAGCCCAUGGAAGUGGAUGAAGAAUACUCCCUGAGCCAGACGCCAUCUUCCAGUCAGUUGCAACGCAACGUACAGCGGCGCCCGCAGAGUCAGAUGGAGGCCAAGGUGAACGAGCUGGUACGCUUCCUCCUCGUCAAAGACCAGAAGAAAAUCCCCAUCAAAAGGGCAGAUAUUCUGAAACAUGUCAUCAAAGACUACAAAGAUGUCUGCCCCGAACUCCUGAAACGUGCCAACCAGACCCUUCAGCAGGCGUUCGGGAUGGAACUGGUGGAAAUCGACCCAAAGUCCCACUCCUACAUACUUGUCAGCAAGCUGCCACAACUGGAAAGAGAGAGCAGUAAAGAGGACGAGGACUCCCCCAAGAUGGGCCUCCUCACCGUCAUUCUCAGCCUGAUCUUCAUGAAGGGCAACGUGAUCAAGGAGUCUGCGGUUUGGGAGGUGCUGAGGAGGCUGCGAGUCGACCCCGGAGAAAAGCACAAGGUCUUUGGUGACGUGAAGAAACUUGUGACGGAGGAGUUUGUCCGGCAGAAGUACUUGGAGUACAAUCGUCUCCCCCACACGGAGCCCCCAGAGUCUGAAUUCAGGUGGGGGCCGCGGGCCACUAAGGAGACGUCCAAGAAGCAGAUCCUACAGUUUGUCGCAAAGAUACAAAGCAAGGACCCCACAUUUUGGACAAGCCAGUACAAUGAAGCUGAAACAGAGGCUAACGCUGCUGGAAGACACUAGCCGUUCAGGCGUUGGAUGGUAGAAGGAGCCGUCCAAAUUCCGAAGGGAAACCCCGUCUUCGGUCACCCGCAGUUUUACUUGAAUGAUGCUGAGAGAUGGCCCUUGGCUUUCGCUGUAUAGGAGAUGGGUUUCGUAUAAAGCGGUUCAUGUGUCAGAUUUCCCCUGGCAGAGGGAAACUUCCACAACAAACUGGAAUCGUUUGCCCAGCACCGAAACGUGCUUUUUCAGUAAAGCCGUGUGACCCUAGCGGCAGAGUUAAUUACGCUUCUCUCUUGCUGGUUUGAUUGUUUAUUAGAGGUAACGGAAAUAUGGUUCAAGAGACGUUGUUCAAAUAUGGAACUCUUCUGUAUUUACCUGCCACUGCAACAUGGGUGCCACGUAAUACGGGAAACGUCUCUCCAUUAAAAGCAAUUAAAAAAUUAAGACUCUUGACAGUGCACUGACUUCAUUGAGAGUUAAAAAUACACCUCCGUCUCUCCAGAUCAG